AUGAUAAAGUUGUCCGAUGAUGACGAAAGUGAUGAUGAGGGGCUGACUAAGAAGUUGCUGCGGAGACAGAGUCCUGGACCAAACUCUCCUGCUUCACAUAGGGAACCUCGGUCCUGUGUGCUCAAGGCAAGCCAAAAACGCCGGCCCCUAUCCCGUCUUUUAGAACAACUGCUCCGUAAUCUUGAAAAACGAGACCCAAAUCAGUUUUUUGCUUGGCCAGUGAAUGACAACUUCGCACCUGGCUAUUCCAACGUAAUAAGAAGACCUAUGGACUUUUCCACAAUGAAACAGAAGAUUGAUGACAAUGAAUAUCGAUCACUUAAUUGUUUUAUUAGUGAUUUUAAACUUAUGUGCAAUAACGCAAUGAAAUACAACAAGACUGGUACAAUAUAUCACAAGGCAGCUCGGCGGUUAUUACACGCUGGUCUGAAGCAGCUCACACCACAAAAGCUAAGACCUCUUGGAGACAUACUUACCUAUAUGUAUGAGAUACCUAUUAAGGAGCUUGGAUUUGAUAUUGGAAAAAUGGAUGUGCAUAAAGUGCUUAAGCGGAGCAGUCCAAUAAAGAGUGGUGGGUCUGAGUGUGACGCGGUCUCUGAUGGGCAAGAGAGGCAGGAUUCAGGAGACAGUGUGAAGAUACAGAUGGAGGCCGCUAGGGAGCAGCACAGGCGACGGUUGGCUAAGAAAGCGUUCCCCCGUAUGGAUGCGGAUGGCAAAACAACUCUAUGCCUCGUGACACACCCUGUGGAUAAUACCGAAGAUAAACCGGUCACACUUGGCCAAUAUAUUGGGAAGUUAAAUCAGGGAACUGGAUCAUUGCAUAGCACUCGGGAAGAUCGUCGUAACUUGGCGAAGUGCGUGAAGCCCCUCAACUACGGUCCGUUCAGUUCGUAUGCGCCUUCGUAUGACGGAACAUUUUCAACGCUCACUAAGGACGAAACCCAUCUCAUAUACCAUACUUUGCCGGCAGAAACGGGCCAAGGCAACGAAGAGAUGCUUCGCUUCGCCCCCGAAUCUCCCUGGUCCCUUAUCUAUGAUAUGGAAGCCCUCUUCCCGGCCAAGAAGCCCCAACCCGAACCAGCUGUUAGUAAAGAUGAUAAUGAUAAUUCAAAAGUAAAAAUAGAUUUAGAGGAGUUACGUACACUAUCGGAUGUGGGCGUGGACACGGAAUUCCUUUCGGAGAUCGAAGACGAGGUGGCGGCUGCUCAGCACGAUUAUGGCAUCACGUCAGCUCUGAGGCAUACGGCUGAUCUGAUCACCAAGCUCGAGAAGGAACAGAAGGAUCGUCUAUCAGCUCCUCCGCCCUGGCACCUGUCCCUCUGCCCGAAGCCCGGAGGCUCCGAGCGUGAGUUGGCUCGUCUCACGGCAUCCUGCCUUCGAGCCAUGAUCCGCCGAGUGCCACCCGCUCGGUUAGCGCCAGUUUCACAAGUGCGGAAGGCCAUGGGGGUCACCUUGGAUCAUCUGGACACCCCGAUGGCGGUUGAUGACUUCGAAUUAGAACUUCAGGAACAUCGAGACACCUCAGAUCCUGAUUCACGGUCGAGCCAUGAUAAAUAG